AUGGCAGCUCCGAAUACCUACGCUGUCCAUCUCUCCUCGGAGACCCACAAGAUCGAGGCCUGGUGCGAAUCGGACGAGGCUCUGGCUAAGCAACUGCAAGAGGAGGAGGAUUCGCUCGCUACAAGGGAAUUUGCCGGCAGCGUGUCCUUGGAACCAUCAUCACCAGCUGUUGAGUAUAGGCCUGCCAAUAAUGCAGCUCAGUUUAUGCAGGUGGCGACAGAAGAUAAUGUCGACCCGGAUAAUAUGUCAUACGAGCAACUACAAGCAAUUGGUGAAGAAGUAGGAACUCAAUCCAGAGGAUUAUCUGAUGACCUGAUAAGCUACCUGGAGCCUUUUAGGAACAAAUGCAACUUCUUCUCUUGCAAAAAGAAUACCGAUGAAUGUGUGAUCUGCAAAUCGAACUAUAAAAGCCUACAGAAGUUGAUAAGAUUGCCCUGCAGCCAUUGUUACCAUGCAGGUUGCAUAACUCGCUGGCUUAAGAUUAACAAGGCAUGCCCUGUCUGCAAUGAGGAGGUAUUCGGUUAA